GACUUGUCUUGGAGGCAGAGGCAUCCAUCAACUCUUGACAGAGCGAUCGCAGAUCAAGUUCAAAGUCAUUUUCGGCAAAUGGAUAAUGGUAAUGUUGCUUCCGUUGCCGCUGGCGCUCAGAUGAGCCGUAUAAAAGCCGCGGAUGCUGAUCGAUUCCACAGCACAACACAUCUUCCGUUGAUCGUCGCACAAACCACAGCCAGCAAUCAUGAAAUUCCUGAUCAUUGCCGUUGCCUUCCUGGCCUGCGCCUUUGCCGAUGUCUCGGAGCUGUCCGGAUACGACUACCAGCAGCCAGAGCUGCCCGCUCCCGCUCCAGUGGAGACCUACAUUCCGCCCGCACCCCCAGCACCCGAGUACAUCCCACCCGCACCCGUCCAGGCCGAGCAGUCCGUGAUCGAGGAGUACGAGCAGCCCGCCCAGGACGGAUACCGUUACAAGACCGUGCGCCGUCGCGUCUUCCGUCACCGGGCCUAAGUCGGCAGGGGAUUCCGAUUGAGACCCUCAUUGUUGGUUCUUCCUAAGAUUUUGUUGUUGACUUGAGUGUCGGAUUGACUGCCAUCCACACAAUCCACACUUUGAUAGUAAAAUUCGUCAUUGAAAAGAUAUGUUUGUUGUCUUGCAU